AUGUUUCUUACUCUUGCAAGCUGGUUUCCCUUUGUGGCCCUCUGGUCCUUUUCCGCCCUCUGGGUACUCUUCCUUAUUCGGCCCUGCGCUGGUCGCACCGUCGAUGUAGGUCGCCAUGUGCCCUUCUCUGGCUGUCCUUGCCCGGCUUGCCGGACACUGUACAGCCGCCCUCCAGUAACGCCUUGUCUCUCGCGUACUGCCAUUCCUUCCUUCGAUCACCCCCAGCUUCGGUCGUGCUUGCCCCUUCCUUGCAAGUCGCCAUCCAAGCGCCGGGUCGCCAUUCCUUUGCCCCCCGUCCCCUCCUCAUCCUUGCGCCUUGAUGAGAGAAGAGCUGCCCGGGAUGCCCGCCCUCGACCUUGGUCCGACAGGUCGACCUGGGCUCCUGCCAAACCGCGCUCCGUGCGACCCUCGGCCGCCGAGCUCGCAGCCGCUUCUCUCUGCCCCCGCCGCCUUUUCAAGGGUGAUCCUCUCUUUGAGGCACGCCGUCGAGCUCGUCAAGAGCGUGACCGUCCUUGGGCCCGCCCAGGACCGGCUUCCGCUCCCCCUCGACUGCAAUCCUCGACCUCGUCGCCAGCAGCCCUGUCUUCCGCCGCUGCUCCCGAUGUUUCCUGCGCCCCUGAACUCCGCCGGGCACCCCAGCACCUUCGUGGGAUCUUGAAGCCUAGUCGGCCCGCGUGCCAGGCCAUCAAGCCCGCCAAGAAGGCCGUUGUCUGGGCAGAAAACACGACCGUCGUCGAGGUCUCGCGAUGGAUCAAGGAGUGUGAGGACGACGACGAGGUUUACGAGCACAUGUGCUUCUGA